AUGGUUGAUUGUAACGAAAUGGCAGGAGACUCGCAAGCGCGGUGCCCGGGGUCCCAAGGCGCGGCCGCGACAUUGAAGACGUAUCAGUACUAUGGAGGGCCAAAGAAAUUGCGACAGAGUUUUCGAAUGGGACUAACGCUAAUGGUGCUUCUUGCAAGCACGUCUCUGCACUAUAGCUGCCAAUCAUUUUUCUCGAUUGUUGGAGGCGCCUCCGCCUCGGGAAAGGCAGCUUCAGAAUGUGUGGCGGCACAAGACGGCAAUACGACGUGCACGUGUCUCAAAGAAGAUUCCAAAACAAAAAGCCUUUCUGCAACGCUUUCAGAAGAGACAAAUGUGCUGCAGGUGAGCUGCAAAGAGGAUCUACAAUGUGCUCCCGAUGAGCUGAAUGGCAAGAACGUCUGCCCAGGAAACACAGAACAGCUGCAUCAGUGCAAGACAGCAGGGGGCAACAGUAUUAGAUGCAUCGACGUCAACGACCUUCUCACGGACUCGGGAAACAGCGUCACCUGGGUUGAAGGUGCCAACACUGCCGGUCACACUACCAAGAAGCUGACAAUACCGACUGAGAGGUUUCCGCUCACUGACAAAAAAUUCGUUGUCGGAUGCGUCACAAAAGGGGGAAGCGCAGACCACUGCAACGUAACUGUGACGGUGGCGGCAAGAGCAACUGCAAAGAACGACCAGACCGUCACGUGUGCUUACGGAGCGAGUAGCAAUAAGGAACCUCAGACCAUCACGCUGAGUCCCUCGCAAAACACGUUCACACUGGUUUGCGGAACUGACGGAGAUAUUCUGCCGAGCACGUACCAGAAAAAGUACUGCAGUAGCUCAGAAAACAAUACCACCAGUGCGUGCGAAGAAAAAGACUACACCUCGAUCAUCACGACAUACCAAGAGACAUGGUGGCAGAAAACACCCGAAGGAACAAACGCUUACACACUGGAGAUUCCACCGAACGAUUUCCCGACAGAGUCCGCAAAUAUUGUGGUCGGGUGCAAAACAACCGCCACUAACGAGUUGAAAAUGGAGGAGGAGCCUAGCGAAACAGAUUUGUCGAGUGUGUGUAAAGUUGUGGUGACGAUUGAGGCUUUGGCAAAUAGUUCGUCUGCAACAAUGUCCGAGGUGAUGGUAUCCCUGGCUUUGGGAGGAGUGGCCUUCAUCGGUGCGUUGGCGCAUGCUCUGUGA